UGUGCAUUCUGUCUGUGCAGCUGCUGAAUGAGAUGAGUGGAGAACCGCAGUAAGAACGUCCUGCUCUCACAUGCUUACUUCCCCAGAAUUGUCUCCACAUGGACCUGACAGAUUAAAGUAUGGACAUUUCAUCUAUGUCCUCUCAAUCCAACGACCUGAUCGACAGCUCCACUGCCACAACCAGCAGGAAGUUCUCCUGCAAAAGGAAAGCAAACUCCACCGAAUACCUGGACUGUGAUGACCAGCAGGGCUGUCAUAAGGAUGUGAGGAGGACUCAUAGUCAGUCAGAGAAGAGACGUAGGGACAAGAUGAACAGCUUCAUUUAUGAGAUGGCAUCAUUAGUACCCACAUGCAAAUCUAAAUCAGGCAAACUGGACAAACUCUCAGUGUUGCGGAUGGUGGUCCAGCACAUGAAGACAUUACAAGGCUCUGCUGUCAAUUGUUGCACAGAAGUUCAUCGCAAACCUGCUUUCUUAUCAGACGAGCAGCUCAAACACCUAAUACUGAGGGCAGCUGAUGGCUUCCUGUUUGUUGUUGACUGUGAAAGAGGAAAAAUACUGUUUGUUUCUGAAUCAGUACACAAGAUCCUACACUACAGUCAGAAUGAGCUGACUGGAAAAAGCCUCUUUGAUUACCUGCACCCUAAAGACAUCAGCAAAAUCAAGGAGCAGCUGUCCUCAGCAGAUACUGCACCGCAAGAGACUGAUAUCAGUGAAAAAAGUGGUCUUUCACUGAAGGCAGACAUCAGCCCAGGAUCUUCAAGAUUUUCUUCAGGGGUGAGACGCUCGUUUUUCUGCAGGAUGAAGUGCAACAGAAAUGCAGAAGAUGAAACAUUUUCCUCAACAGACCGUAAAAGUUUCCGCACCAUCCACAGCACAGGUUACCUAAAAAACUGGCCCUCCGCUGUGGUGGAUCUGGAUGAAAACAGCGAGCCGGACAAUGAUGGAUGUAACUUGAGCUGCCUGGUGGCUGUCGGUCGGUUACAUCCUCACGCUGUUCUGCAGCUGCUGCAGAAUCCCAUCAAGAUCAAACCCGUGGAGUUUGUUUCACGGCAUGCUAUUGAUGGAAAAUUUGUCUUUGUUGAUCAAAGGGCCACUGCCGUCUUGGCUUAUCUUCCUCAGGAGCUGCUGGGAACAUCGCUCUAUGAAUACCUUCAUGAAGAUGAUAUUGCUCAUUUAGCAGAAUGUCACAGGCAAGUGCUGCAGAUGAGAGAGAAGAUCAAUACAAACUGCUACAAGUUAAAAAUAAAAGACGGCUCAUUCAUCAUUCUGAGGAGCUGCUGGUUCGGUUUUAUGAAUCCUUGGACCAAAGAGGUGGAGUGCAUUGUCUCCACCAACACUGUAGUCAGUGAAAGGACAUAGAUUCACUGUGAUCUCAGAGGGCCAGAGGGUGUUUGAGGAUUCAUCGAUGGACCCUGCAACUGUGGAAAACCUGUUGGUGGAAAAAGCCAAGAAUCUUUGUAGGGAGAAGGAAUGAGCCAGCACAGCGCCAGACUGUUCAACAACAUUGCAAGUCACAGAGCAUGUUUUUAAAGCACUGGAAGAUGCAGAAGAAGUUCUUCCUAAAGAGUCCGGGUCAGGUUUCUGUAGCGGCUGGGGUUAUUAAUCAUGUUGCCUGUAUGUUUGCUGUUCCUGGUUUACCAUCAACAUAAAUCAAAUGACAGAGGAUAGCUGCUAACAGACCUGCAGCAAGGAAGGAAGACGAAGAUACUCCAUCAAAAUGUAAAUGCUACCCCUCACUAUGACAUUCAUAUCCAGCAGAAUGUUUCUACCAUUUAACCCCCUCCAAGUGUCCUGCUAUACCCCAACUGUGUAAAUAAAUGAACAAGGUAAUGUUUAUAAUGUGUGUACAUUUGAAAGUUUUUAACGCACUGCUCCAAGACUUUCAGUAAAAAGACAAAAAUAGUGUCUUAUUUUCAAUGUGGGUCCUGUUCAUAUUUCUGACCUACUACCACAUGCAUCAGUUUGCACUUUGAGGUCCUCAGGCAGACUUUUCUGUCUGUUCCGGAAGCUGAAAACUAAAGCAGACAGCAUUUAAGUCAGGAUCCUGAGGCUCAGGAAUGAAGUCGGCUGAGUCAAUGAUCUCUCUUGACUGUCUUCUUAAGGUUUACUGUUAUUGAAGAGCAUUUUCUGACUUCAAGUUUUUGUCUUUUAUUUCUCUCAAUAAUGUAUUUUCCCUUUUGUAACACUGUAUUAGGUUAUAGAUUGAUGUGCUGUGUUUUUUCUAUCUUUUAAAUUGUGAUUUUAUCAGUUUUACUUUGCCGUCUUGUGAAUUCCUUUGUAAUGUGGAUUUUGAAAAGUAGUCUGAAAAUGUUUUAGCAAUAAAUUCAUUUGAAAUGAAAGUGAAUAAAAUUAUAUAAAAACUACUUAAAAUUUUACUUAUUAACCACGCCUGAUGUGUACGUCAGCGGGCUUACUGCAUUCGCUUCGGUAUCUGGCUGGCUGGGUAAGGGUGUGUGUGUGUGUGUGUGUGUGUGUGUGUGUGUGUGUGUGUGUGUGUGUGUGUGUGUGUGUGUGUGUGUGUGUGUGUGUGUACUUGUUUCUGCUAUACCGGUGGGGACUUUGACCUGACUAUUUGCUAUAAAGGUGGGGACUCGUCUCACCGUGGGGACCUAAAAUGAGGUCCCCACGGGUGGCAACACCGUUUUCUUGGCCAUAUUGUUGUUAAUAAAAAAUGUAAAAGUGCAAAAACGUUUGUUUAGGGUUAGGCAUUGAUUUGGUGAUGGUUAAGGUUAGGGUUAGGGUAAGGGUUAGGAGUUAGAUAUGAAUGGGAGUCAAUGGUAAGUCCCCACCGGUAUAGAAAAACAAACGUGUGUGUGUGUGUGUGUGUCCGUUCAUGGGCGUGGUUCUGCCAUCCACUGAGGGCUCGUCUAGUUUUUAGUGAUGCGAUCAGAUGACAGUUGUAGUUUAUAUUUCCACCGAGGUAAAUGCAAAACAGCAUCAUAUACAAGAAACUUUUCAAAGAAUAACUCAAAUGUACUUCUUAUUUUAGCAUUAGAUCAGGCUAGAAGGGUUUCCAGUGUCAAGGAAAACGUCACGAGGAAGUUUGAGCGGCUUGAUCUAGUUCUGCAUAAUUUAAUAAAGGCAGACAUUUCAAGAUGUAUCACUGCUGCUGUAUCACUUUAGCUUUUAAAUCUGUACAAAAAAUAAUGAUCCUCCACGAGUUAGGAUGUCUCUUUAAAAGGCAGGUUACCGUUUGUCUACUCCUGGUUAGUCUUAUAAAGCUCUUAAAAGCUGUAUGUGUCUUUUUGAAAUCAUGGACUUGUCUGAAUAAUCCCUGUCCUGGAUCAUUCCUGCAUUAAUUAUACAGAAAGUGUUUACUUUUGUCUUUAUUUCAUUUUAUAUUUCAUUUUUAAACAACAAUUUCAAGCUUUGCACAAAAAGAUUCUGACCACAACAGCCUGUGCUCUGCUGAAUAUCUUGGCUGCGGGAGAAGCAUAACAUCACAUAUCAGAUCCAGCCAAUGACUACAUAUCCCAUUACAAGAUUCAAAGACAUCUGAGAGAGUUCAACUGGAGAUCAUGACACUAAGUGGUGAUAACUGAUUUUCUCCAUUACCGGAAAGUCGCAUUUUCUCCGUAGCGAGUCUUGUGUUCUUUCCACCAAAGCACAUUUAGUAGUUAGGCCACCCAGGAGAUCAAAAUCAAUCAAAAUUAUCAGUGAAAUAAAACUUAUGAGAAAACAGUGACAACACAAGAGUGCUCAGCCAAACCCAUCAAAUUACAAUAACAUUGUAAAUAAUAAUGUUAAUACUAUGUGUUUUGCAGAUUUUUUUUCAAACAAAAAUAAAUUCCUUUGGUCAAGUAAAAAAACAAAA